AGGAGUCAGCAGGAGAUUCACAUUUGAUUUAACACAAGCGACCAUAUUUUUGUGCUUGGCACCCAACUCUUUUGCAAACCAUUUGAGAUAGCUACAGAGUACUGUCAAACUCUUGUUGUUAAUUUUUUAUAUAUUUUUUUUAAACUUUUUUAGGUAUAUUAGAUUAAAGCCUUGAAAUCCUGACAUCACGCAGGUGCCUACAUUCGCUGUGUCAGAGGGAGCUGUUUUACCAAUGAAUAUACCAAACUCACAGAUGCAGGUGCCGCAGAUGCAACCAGCUGGACAGGUGCCAGGGGUGCAGCAGCCAGCUGUGCAGAUGCAGCCAGCUGUGCAGAUGCAGCCGCCUGCUCAGAUGCAGCCAGCUGCGCAGAUGCAGCCGCCUGUGCAGAUGCAGCCGCCUGUGCAGAUGCAGCCGCCUGUGCAGAUGCAGCCGCCUGUGCAGAUGCAGCCGCCUGUGCAGAUGCAGCCGCCUGUGCAGAUGCAGCCAGCCGUGCAGAUGCAGCAGCCUGUGCAGAUGUUACGAGCCGUGCAGAUGCAGCAGCCUCUGCAGAUGCAACCAACUAUGCAGAUGCAACCAACCAUGCAGAUGCAACCAGCAAUUCCGAUGGCUGCCCCUGUGGCUCCUGUGGUUACUCAGCCACAGCAGCAGCCGCAGAAUAACGUAGUUGUUAAUGUGCAAAAUACCAAUACGAAUACCAAUGAAAUGGGAUUGGCUAUGCCAUAUGGACCGAUUACAUGGCGUACAGGGUUUUGCCAGUGUCUUGAAGAUCUUCCAAUGUGUUUAUUUGGAGGCUUUUGUCCAUUUUUAUUUCCGUGCUAUUUGUCAGCCCUCUAUGGAGAGACAUGUUGCCUUGGCCUAUUACCAGGUUCGAUGUUUGCUAUGCGUACCGGGUUACGAGAGAGGUACAAGAUUCCGGGUAACCUUAUGAACGAUUACUGCUCAAUAUGCUGCUGCCUGCCAUGUGCCAUGUGUCAAAUGGGACGAGAAAUAAAAGGCAGAGAGUGGCAACACACGAGAUUUCCCAUGCCACGUCUACACUUCAAUUACAACAGAUACCGGUGACCAGAGUCCAACUUCCUUUAUGUGUUAUUAUCUAUUUAUAUAUUAACUUAAUAAACUCCUUU